UCUUCUCUGGAUUCGCUGCUCUUGCUGGUCGACUAAAGAUCCCCGAGGGACAGCCUCGGCCCAACAACUUUCAUGACGCAUUCAGCUUCAACGGUGCUUUUGGUGCCGGUGGCGUUUACAACUAUGCCACAGCUUUGCUCCGAAUCGUCUUUUCGUACAAAGGAUGGGAGAACGCCAACUAUGUCCUCUCCGAGGUCAAGAAUCCUCGCAAGACCCUUGGCAUCGCUGCUCCAUUGGCAGUUGGAGGUGUAAUGAUCCUCUAUGUGCUCGCCAAUGUCGCCUACUUUGCGGCCAUUCCGUCGACAGAUCUUGCCAAUUCCGGUGUUGUUGUCGCCGGCCUCUUCUUCCGCAACGUCUUUGGCAACACAGCAGGUGCGCGUGCGCUCCCCGUGUUUGUAGCCAUGUCGAAUAUAGGAAAUGUCCUUGCAGUCUCGUUCGCCCAUUCGCGUGUGAAUCAAGAAUUGGCGAAGGAAGGCAUCCUCCCCUUUUCCAAAUUCUUUGCUUCCAAUAAACCGUUCAACGCGCCCGCAGCUGCACUAUUCCUCCACUGGAUCGUCACCGUUAUUGUCCUCUUGGCUCCUCCUCCGGGUGAAGUUUACGAGUUCAUUGUUGAUCUCUAUACCUAUCCCGGCACAUGGAUCAAUUCGUUUGUCGCGGGCGGUUUGAUCUACCUCCACUGGAAUAAAUCUGAAAAUUGGUCAAGUCCAUGGUACAGCUUUGACGGAAUCAACUUACUUUACCUGUUGAGCAAUGUUUUCCUUGCCAUCGUCCCCUUCAUUCCUCCCAAAGUCAACACCAGAAGCUACCCGCACUAUGUGUUCCCUCUCGUUGGAGUUGGUGUGCUUGUCUUGGGUGCCGGUUACUGGGCGAUAUGGGUCAAGAUACUACCAAAGUUGGGCGGGUACAAGAUUGUGAGUGAACGCAAGAUUGACGAGCAGACGGGAGGAGAAGUGGUGAGGUAUAAAAAAGUCAAAGUCACCUAG